CAUACUGGAGACCCCGUUGAGAGGAUCUUUCCUCUGUAUAAAGAGAAGAUGCAGCUCAGGCGCCCCUGACAUGAUCGCAAGGAUUUACUGCUCUGCGCUUCUCUGCCUCUAACUUCAGUCUGCUGCUUCAACGCCGAGUGAUCAGGACUGUCACUGCACAACAACAACACUGACUCUAUGGGCCCAGGGACAUUUAAAUGACACGGACUUUUGCAUUGUAAUCUAUCCGAAGUGCCGGAGAGAUUCAAAGACCCGAAUGUGAGCAUCUGUUUUUCUUUCUCGUUACUUGAGACUUUGUGCGCCGCCGUUGCCGCUGUUUGGCGCAGUUCGGGUUGCAGGUGCGCGGAGAAGGAGCGUGAGGACAGAUGGCUGCGCUGACGAUACAAAGAAGUGACAACUUUUUGCACACCUUUUUACAGGACCGGACUCCCAGCUCUUCUCCAGAGGGAGCAGCGAACACCCUCUCCUUCCUGGCCACCACCUGUAGCCAGGCGUGGCAGGUGGGAAGCUCUAUGGGGUCAGAAGGUUCUCAGUUCCCCUACGAGGGCACCGUCAGCUCCACGUCAGGGAUGUUUCAGCUCUGGAGUAACGAUAUGGCUCCCAGCACUGCCCUCAGCACACACCAGAUGACCUUCACUGUGCCUAAGGUGCAGUUCCCUGGACACAUGCAGUCUGGCCUUGGCCACCAUCACCAUCAUCCCCAUCACCAUCACCAUGAGCUGCCUCUCACGCCUCCCGCUGAACCGCCUUCAUCGUACUCCUUCGAACUGUCCCCUGUUAAAGUCCUGUCCUCGCAGGCACAGGCCAGCGGCCCCUAUUACCCUCAGCACAACAGCGUUGGACAAAAUUUCUCAAACUUCCUCCAGAACUCCUCGGCCAGGCAUCACCUGCCUGGAGGCCAUGUAGAGGAAGGUCAGCAAUGGUGGAGCCUACCCCAAACCAAUGCCACCCCCACCAGUCAUCCCUUCUCUCUGGGCAGACAGCUUGUUUUGGGCCACCAGCCCCAGAUAGCCGCUCUUCUCCAGGGAACCUCGAAGGGGCUGCUGAGCUCCACGCGCCGUUGCCGACGUUGUAAAUGCCCCAACUGCCAGGCAAACAGUGGGGGGCUGGAGUUUGGAAAGAAGAGACUGCACAUCUGCCACAUCCCAGAGUGUGGUAAAGUGUACAAGAAGACCUCUCACCUGAAGGCACACCUGCGCUGGCACGCCGGGGAAAGGCCCUUUAUCUGUAACUGGCUCUUCUGUGGUAAGAGCUUCACUCGUUCAGAUGAGCUGCAGCGGCACCUCCGCACACACACGGGGGAGAAGCGCUUUGGGUGCCAGCAGUGCGGCAAGAGGUUCAUGAGGAGUGACCAUCUCUCCAAACACGUCAAGACCCACCAGACCAGGAAGAGCCGGUCUGGGCAGCCCUCACAGAGUACAGACCCUCUGCUCACCAACAUCAAGAGAGAGUGAACUCUGGGUCCAACAGUUAAAAUCUACAAUGAACAGUUAUUUACACUUGCUGUCAUGUGUUUGCACUAGAGGCUAAACAUCGAGCUCCCUAAAUAUCUCCUGUGGUCAAAACCCUAUUUUUGACUCCCAAGUUACAAAUGUUAUAGUCAUUUUAAAUAAAAGUUAAUGUGUGCAGUUUGAAAACAAGUCGCUUCCAAAGGAAACCUUGUCGGGGAGGUUGUGUGUUAUCGUGCGUUCAUUGUACUUUCCAUGAAGCCACGCAAACCGAUUUCAUUUGGACACAAACAGAUUUUAUGCCUUUAACAAUUUGUUCGUGUUUCAGCCGAUGUCAAAAAAAUCAAGCAUUUUUUUGAAAACUUCUCGAUGUACAUAUUAAGUCUGUGUGAAGGAUGCGGCAGGUCACAGGCAAACGUCCAACUUCCGUGAUAUUUUGUGCAUAUUACCAUGUUCAAAAUAAAUGAAUGCCUUAGUACAGUAAAGGGUCGCUAUACAGAUAUUAUCAUUUCUGCUCUGAACAAGAUCAGAAUGUGUUGCUGUUGGUAAUUAGACUCUUAUUCUGAAAAAUAUGAUUUGUCUGCAUCAAAGGUAUGCAUCUUUUUUGAAGUGUAAACACACGAGUCUUUGAUCUACAAAUUGUGUGUGGUCUGAAGCAGCGAUAUGAAGCACCACUUGUCAAGAUUAGCAAACGUUUUAUAAUUUUAAGUUCCUUGUAAAUUAUAUAUAAAGAUAAUUAGCAAUUUUAUCGUGGGGGUUAUGGCUGCAUGUGAAUUUUAAUAAACACCGUCCUUGCUGGAAAAAAACAAAAACAUUUGCUGUUUUUAAUGAUGUUAUUCUUUCCUCGAGUAAAUCUCUGUGUCUGACUCUGCGAGAGUGAAUGUUUUCACCUUCUUACCGGCUGAUCUGAUAAAUCGGUGAAUUUUAGAGAGUGCCAAAGAUUCGAUUACAUUCAGAGCACAAACGCUGCCCAUUGUGCUGUUGG